AUGUAUCCAGAGGGAUCCAUGGACGUUGCCAGAAUUCUCAGGAAUGAAUACCUAGAUCAAGUGAUCCUGGAAACCAUCCGAAUGUAUCCGCCGUUGGUCAGUUUCACCACCAGAAAGUCUGAGGAGGAGCGUCUAUACAAUGGACUCCGGAUUCCGGCAAAAAUGAGCGUCUUGAUACCUGUGUAUCAAAUGCACCAUGACCCCAAGCUGUGGAGCGACCCUGAGACAUUUCAGCCAGAGAGGUUUAAUAAACCUAACGGAAGAAAUUUCAAUCCCAUGGCAUUCCAAGCGUUUGGCCAUGGACCACGGAACUGCGUUGGCAUGCGCUUCGUCCAGCAGCAAUUAAAGCUGACGUUUGCCAAAAUUUUGGGGAAGUACAAGAUUAUUCCCGAUGACAGAUACGUCAAGGGAGAUCACCUCGAGCUGUCCACCGCAUUCAUCUUCUGCAAACCCCGCGAUGGAGUUUGGCUUAAGUUUCAGAAGAUCUACAGCGGGAGCCAAGAAAACGAAUAG